UCCGACUGCCCUCACGUCAGAGAGAGGGAAGACAGAGGAGGACGUCAGAGCAGGAGCAACAGAGACCAUCCAGGAAGACCCACUCGGCCAUGUCUCUGCGGCUGCCUUUCCGAAGCAGAUGGAAGCUGGGGCGGAAGAACUCGUUGGGGGGCUCCUCGCAGCUCCCCAGGCAGGACUAUGAGGCCCUGAGGGAAAGGUGCCUGAUGGAAGACCGCCUCUUUGAAGAUGACAGCUUUCCAGCCAGCCUGUGCUCAGUGGGCAGCGGGCCCCUGCUGCGGAAGCUGCCGCCCGGCCUGCAGUGGAGAAGGCCUCCGGAGCUACACAGCAAUCCCCAGUUCUAUUCUGCCAACGCCAAAAGGCUGGACCUGUGCCAGGGAGUGGUAGGUGACUGCUGGUUCUUGGCUGCUUUGCAAGCCCUGACUUUGCACCAGGACAUCCUGAGCCGUGUUGUCCCCCUGAAUCAGAAUUUCACUGAGAAAUAUGCCGGCAUUUUCCAGUUCUGGUUCUGGCACUUUGGGAAGUGGGUGCCUGUGGUGAUAGAUGACCGACUUCCUGUGAAUGCAGCUGGCCAGCUGGUGUUUGUCUCUUCCACCUACAAAAACUUGUUCUGGGGAGCUCUUCUGGAAAAGGCCUAUGCUAAGCUCUCUGGUUCCUACGAAGACUUGCAGUGUGGACAGGUGUCUGAAGCAUUCGUGGACUUCACCGGAGGGGUGACGAUGACCAUCAAUCCGGGAGAAGCCCCCGGCAACCUGUGGGAUAUCCUAACCCGAGCCGCCUACAGCAGAACCCUCAUUGGCUGCCAGACCCACUCAGGGAAGGAGAGGGUGCUGGAGAACGGGCUGGUGGGCGGCCAUGCUUAUACCCUCACAGGAAUCAGGAAGGUGACCUGCAAACAUGGACCAGAAUAUCUCGUCAAACUGCGGAACCCCUGGGGCAAAGUGGAAUGGAAAGGAGACUGGAGUGACAGCUCAAGUACGUGGGAGCUACUGAGCCCCAAGGAGAAGAUUCUACUGCUGAGAAAAAGUGAUGAUGGAGAAUUCUGGAUGACACUGAGGGACUUUAAAGCACAUUUCAUGCUUCUGGUCAUCUGUAAACUGACCCCAGGCCUGCUGAGUCAGGAGGUGGGCCAGAAGUGGGCAUGCACCAUGCGGGAGGGGAAAUGGGAGAAGGGGAGCACGGCUGGUGGCCGGAUGAAGUCGCCCCGAGACACAUUCUGGAAGAACCCGCAGUUUCUGCUGUCGGUCUGGAACCCUCAGGAGGGCAGGAGGUUCCUGAUGCCCUGCAGCGUGCUGGUGUCCCUGCUCCAGAAGCCCAGGCACAGGCACCGUAACCGGAAGCCUCACCACGCCAUUGGCUUCUCCCUCUUCAGGCUGAGCAAGUACUAUGGUGACCAGAGGAGACUGCCUCCUGAGUUCUUCUGGAAAAAUGCCCCACUAAGUUGGCCUGAAGCAUUUCUCACAGAGAAAGAAGUGAGUCAGGAGCUGCAGCUGGAGCCAGGGACAUACCUCAUCGUGCCCUGUACCUCAGAGGCUGGCCAGGAGUCGGAGUUUCUCCUGAGAGUCUUCUCCAGGAAGCACAUCUUCCAUGAAAUUGGCUGCAGCGCCAGCGCUGUCUUCUCUAAGGAAAUAGUGGACCAAAAUGAAGGGCAGGAUGAGUUCUUCACGAAACUCUUCGAGAAGUAUCCAGAAAUAAAUGCAGUGCAGCUGCAGAAGAUCCUGAACCACAUGACCUGGUCAAGUCUGGGAAGUGCCCAGCCUCUCUUCAGCCUGGACGCCUGCCAGGGGAUCCUGGCCCUGCUGGAUCUUAAUGCAUCUGGUACCGUGAGCAUCCAGGAGUUCAGGGACCUGUGGAAGCAGCUGAUGCUUUAUCAGGAGGUUUUCCACAAGCACGACGGUAACCAGUCGGGAUACCUGAACAGGAUUCAGCUGCGGGCCGCCAUGAAGGACGCAGGAAUCAUGCUCAGUGAUGAUGUGUGCUACCUGAUGCUUAUUCGGUACGGCGGCCCCAACCUCCAGAUAGACUUUGUCGGCUUUGUCCACUUGAUGCUGCGUGUGGAGAACAUGGAAGAUGCCUUCCAGAACUUAACCCAAGAUGGCAAGGGGAUAUACCUUCAGAAGCCAGAGUGGCUGAUGAUGACUCUGUACUCCUGAGGAGGCUGGAGCCCUGUCUGCCUUCACCGAGGACUCUGCAUAUGGUUCAAAGGUAGCCUUCGGCUGAGAUCAGUUCACACUCAACCCAUUUAUCAUUCUUCAGGACCAUGUCUCCAGUCAUCAUCUUCUCAGCUGAGAUGAUUUCUUUUCUGCAGAUCCCCUUUGGAUAGACAGUGUGCAAAAAGAGAAAGGAGUUAGGAAAGAUUGCCUUGGACUUAUAAAGACCAACUGUCAUUCUCAGGCCACAACCUUUUCACAAGCAGAUAUGUGACCUAAUGUGACCUAAGCAAUCAGACUCCAGAAUUGGUGUCUCAACCUUUAACAAUACUGCCUCCAUUGCUGUCCAAUUUAAAUGACCUUAGCCGAAUGUUAUCCCAUUUGGGGUAAUAGUCUAGGUUUCAAGAUCUGAAGAGGGAUUAAUAUGUCCUUAAACAACUGUACCAGCUUCUAGAAAUUGGUGGAAGCAUAGGCUAAAUUUCAACUGCGUGGAGGUGGGUGGGGCUAUAUUGAGCUUUCAAGAACACAGAAAAUGAGAGGCUUGGCAGAGUCCAGGUGGAUUGGGCUGGCUCUGGCAUUUGAGGUCACAGGAUGGUCUUCUGCUACACUAUCUCCAGAUGGUUGAAAUUGGGGUGGGAACCAGUGUAUUUAAAACACCUGAAUUCACCUAAAUAUAUGCUUCCUGCAUAUAAUAGGUGCCCGUCUGUUUACUUGACCUAUGGACUAUCAGAUCCAUUUCAAAUCAGUCCCCAAAGCCUCUGUGUGCCUACUUUAAAGAGGAACAACAAAUCAAUGCUGUAUCGUAGAGCUAAGCAGUGGAUGGUUCAUAUCUCUGAUUUUUUUUAAAAGAUUUAUUUGACAGAGAGACAGCCAGCGAGAGAGGGAACACAAGCAGGGGGAGUGGGAGAGGAAGAAGCAGGCUCCCAGCGGAGGAGCUGGAUGCGGGGCUCGAUCCCAUAACGCCGGGAUCACGCCCUGAGCCGAAGGCAGACGCUUAAUGACUGCGCUACCCAGGAGCCCCAUAUCUCUGAUUUUUUGAACUACCAUGCUGCCUCACUUUCACAGCCUCCCUCCCAACCCAGAACCUGGAGGAAAACCAGAAUAAAGGCCAUCUCCCAAAGUUCAUACAUUUUACUCACAGGUUAGCAACUCAGAGCCAUUUGUUAAAAUUCUUAAUUUCCAAACUGUUCUAAUAGAUGUGACUGUCUGAUCUCCAAGCACAUAAAAGACUAAAGGAGGAAAAUGAAUGAUGGGAUAAAAGGGUGUCCAUUGGCAGAACAAAAGGAAACUUGAUAGUCGGAUAAAUGGGCUCUGAAGAAGGAGCAAAUACUUUCUAAGCAUGGCUUAAGGAAGUAGAAAAGUAUUUCACUUAGAAAAAACUGUAUUGAUUCUAAGUGAUGAAGUGUAAAAUGGUUUUCCAUAAAGUUCCAGGGACAUGAGGUAUUACUGCUUUUAUAAAUGAUGAUCAUGUAUUAUAGCCAAGAUUUUUAUGUCUAUUUGUCAGUAUCUCUGUCUUUAGGUUUUGCCAUUGUAAAUAUUUGUUUUAAUUAAAAGGCAAUUUGGAAGAUUUUUGGGGUUGAGAAGGUGAUACCAUCAUCCUGUUCAUGACACUUGGACUACAGUGUAAUAGUUUUGCUUGGUGCCGAUGGCAUUUAUAUUGAAGUUAAUUAAGUCUGAUAGAACCUCCCUUCUAUCUUCUCAGUGGUCUGACCUGCCCUCCUAUGUCACUCAUGUGUAACCCUCACUCGCCUGAGUCUGUCACUGUGGUAACUCAGAUGCCUCACGCUGUGCUGACCUCCUCCCCCAUUCCUUCCAAUGCCCCCCAAAGCUGAGUACUGGAGACCAGGGGCAGAGCUGUUUUCCCACCCCAAUAUCCCUUCCCCAUCCUCACUGCAGGGCAUGUGAGGCAAGUAAAGAUCUGGGACAGGAUAGACCGCACAGGGGUCAGACUGAGGUCAGGCUGAAGGUCUGAGAGGUGGACAUCUGCAUUUCCUGGAAGUCAAAAGCCAACAGCUUGAUCCUGACCGAGCCAAGCAGGAAGUGUGCAAACCCAGCGAAGGAAGAGCAAGGAGUCAGUCCUUGGGUGCCAAGGUAGGUGAGGUCAGAGAGUUCGGAAGGUUGGGGUAUCCACCCAACCAGCGUAAGCAGGCACAGCAUACCAGGCUGAGCACUGACGCAGGCUUUUAAAACCUC